CCAUCAGUGGUCUCUUGACUGCGAACCGGUACAGUCGCGUCGUGGUGCUCGUCGCUAGUCCUCGACGUUUUCGUGUUGGUGGUCCAUCCGAGACUUGGAAAUUGUUAAUCGGUUUCCGGUGCACUUUUUGUGUGUGUCUUUAGUCAAUUCGUUGAUUUUUUUUGUGGCGAUUGUUGAAGUAAAAUUGCAACAUUUUUUUCCGUUCAGUUGAAUGAGAAACUUAGCCUUCGAGUGAGAAGCAGACUAAUUAGUGAAAACUUUUUUUUAUUAUUCGUGAUCAGUGCAGUGGAGUUAACGUACUCCCGAGAAGAGCGAGGAAAUUGCAAGCAGACACCCUUCGAUUCAUCGGAAGAAGAUAUGGUAACAGCUAACAAGUGCAGUGGGUGAAGAUCAUUAAAAGGUGAAGAGGGAAUUUUCGAUUGAUUAUCGAAGUGUUUUUGUGAACGUGAGCGUGAUAAUUUCUCGAACCAGGAGCAGUGCGGAAUUGAGAAGAAAAUUAAUAAUUGAGUUGGAUUUUUUUUCCAAAGAGCGGUUAUCACGGUUGAACAUAGUCAGUACACAAGUGCAUUUAUGUCACAAAGCGUUUGGUAAAGUGAAUACAUUUGGAAACAAGUUGAAGUGAAAAACUUAUGGAACGUGCUACAAACAUUUUAUUACCAAUUUAUAAGACUAAACACGUCAAGAAUAGGCAGAUUUCGUCAAGUGGCAACCGAGACAACCAGCCGCGACUGAAGCAUUGUCUGUUUUGCUCUACUGAAUGGAGGAGUGCGUGUGAAAGAAUUGGGGAAAAUAAAACAUUAAGACUAACUGAAGAAAAGUGAAACUGCCGAUUCGGGUGAUAUAUGUAUGGUAAGCUAGCCCAAAAAGAAUCCACAAACCGAAAUACCCCCAAGUGAGGCCGGGGACUGUGACCAACGACAGAUAUUCAGAAGAUAGAACUGUGAAUUCGGUGUUUGGAUUAUGUCCAGUUGAUUUGAAUUGGGAGAAAUAGAACCCGCGGCAGAUACCGCUGAUCAGAAAACAAGUUCGUCAUCCAUAGGUGCGUUGAAAUCGAUUGUUGGAGGUUUUCUCGUACAAGUCUCGCGUUUCAGCCGACGGCGGUUUCUUAUAGCACCUGAAGAACGCAGUGAACGGUUUUUCUUGUGAAUACCUACAUCGAUACAGGGAGAAUCAAUCAAACCGAGAAAAGCAAAACAACGGACAACUAAUUAAGAUGCUGUCGAGAUGAUGAGUUCCAUUUUUCAAAUAUGCUCGCCGACAUGCAAUUAAAUUGAAAGAUUACAAAAACCUUUAAAUGGAACCCCACUCUCGAGGCUGCCGGAUACCUUUGAAUUGUUCAGAUCAGAUCUGCUGAUAUGCUGAUGUUCAUGUCGCUACAACUGGACCCUGAUGGUGGAUUUAGGUACUUUGAGAAGCUCCACCACAAUGUGGAGUCGAUGGACCUCAUCGAUUCUACUGGUCCUCACAUACUGGAUGGCGCAAGCCCACACCGCUUCUAGUCACAACAACUUCAAGAUUAAUCCUAAGCCCUGUACAGUAAACGGCAUCGAAGGUACCUGCAUGUUCGUAUGGGAAUGCAUCAAAUCCGAGGGCCAACACGUGGGCGUCUGCAUGGACUCGUUCAUGUUUGGGUCCUGCUGCUCGCACAAUCUCACCGAAAAUGUGAUACCGCAAAAUUACCACCAGACCUACACCUACCGUCCGAAACCGGCCGGCAGUAAUAAGUAUAAGCCACCGAAACCUAGUACUUUCGUUAGUAGCAAUGGCUACACGACUAUUUAUCGCCCGGGAAACGGCGGAACGUUGGUGAUUCGCCCAUCGCAUAAUCACCACCACCAUCAGCACCAGAAACCAUCGUCAUCUUCCUCUAGUAGUUCUAGUAAUAGCAAUAACAUCAACAGUCAUCUUUUUAGUCAAAGGCCAACUGAGGGCACUGUACAUAAACACUCUACCUUAUCGACGCCUGCGCAGCUGACAGACCUAGAGAUGGCGGGCAGUAGCAUGUCAACUGGUAUAUACACCACUCAUUGGCAGGCUACAACAGAACCUAGUUUUAUUACAAAAACGCGGCCACCGAAACCGAGUAAGCCGUCCAAGAAACCGAUUCUGUCGAUUUCUAACAACAUUCAAAGUACUGUAUUAAAACCAAAACCAUCGGCCAAGCCGACUAAACCAAGUACCACUACUGUUAAAAGUCCUACCCAGAUUAGUAUUAUUAGUUCGAGCACGUGGCGACCGCCGCCAGUGCAGUCUUCGACUACGUCAUCGACAACUACGACGACGACGACCAAAACGACGACUGCGAUAUCGUCAACGGUAGUGCAACCGAGCACCAGUAUCGCCCCCUUCCCUGACACCAACACGCACGGUCACGUUGUGGAUGUGUCAGCAUCAUCUGUGAUUGGCGACGAAGGAUACUCGUCGUCCCCCGAGCUGUAUACGGCGGCACCCGGAAGGUACACGAUAUCGGCCGCAAGGAACUACGAAUGCGGUGUGCAAACGAUGGGUCGACCGGAGACGCGGAUAGUGGGCGGCAAAAAUGCCCCCUUCGGACGGUGGCCCUGGCAAGUCUCGGUCCGGCGGACGUCCUUCUUCGGUUUCUCCAGUACGCAUCGCUGCGGCGGGGCUGUGAUCAACGAAAACUGGAUUGCGACCGCCGGCCACUGUGUAGAUGACUUGCUGACGUCCCAGAUACGGAUACGGGUCGGAGAGUAUGACUUUUCGCACGUGCAGGAGCAAUUACCGUAUACGGAACGUGCCGUCGCGAGGAAAGUCGUCCACCCGAAGUACAACUUCUUCACUUAUGAGUUCGAUCUGGCGCUGGUGAAGCUGGAGCAGCCCCUGGUGUUCGCCCCGCACAUUAGUCCAAUUUGUCUGCCGGCGACGGAUGAUCUGCUAAUCGGUGAAAAUGCCACCGUUACCGGCUGGGGUAGGCUCAGCGAGGGUGGAACGUUGCCUUCGGUGCUACAAGAGGUGUCGGUGCCGAUUGUCAGCAACGACCGCUGCAAGUCGAUGUUCCUGCGAGCGGGAAGGCACGAGUUCAUUCCGGAUAUUUUCCUCUGUGCCGGACACGAAACCGGCGGUCAAGAUUCCUGCCAAGGGGACUCCGGUGGACCACUGCAGGUCAAAGGCAAGGAUGGUCACUAUUUUCUCGCUGGCAUCAUUUCCUGGGGCAUCGGAUGCGCCGAGGCCAACCUACCCGGCGUUUGCACAAGGAUAUCGAAAUUUGUCCCGUGGAUUCUGGACACCGUUUUGUGAUAGAUGAGUUUGCAGUAGAAGAAGAAGAAAGAGUGCUGACGAUGGAGAGUGCUCGUAUAAUGGAGGAAACGGAAUAAGUGUUCAAUCAGUAAACGGAAAAGACUUGAUUUUUUAUGUAGCCCAAUGUACGGACAAUGGACGGUUUUA